CAGGAACCGUGGCCGCUGGGCUGAAGGGGUGUGCGGCGGAUAUCGACCUUUGCCUCGGCCUCAUCCCGCUUCCUCCCACAGAGCCGGGAGCCCCGCGCGUGAUGUUGCUACUGAUGUUGCUGAUGCUGCCUCUCUGCUGGGCUGUGGAGGUCAAGAGGCCCCGGGGUGUCUCCCUCACUAACCAUCACUUCUAUGACGAGUCCAAGCCUUUCACCUGCCUGGACGGCUCGGCCACGAUCCCUUUUGAUCAAGUCAACGAUGACUACUGUGACUGCAAGGAUGGCUCAGACGAGCCGGGCACGGCCGCCUGUCCUAAUGGCAGCUUCCACUGCACCAACACUGGCUACAAACCCCUGUACAUCCCGUCCAGCCUCGUCAAUGAUGGCAUCUGUGACUGCUGCGAUGGGACGGACGAGUACAACAGCGGAAGGGUCUGUGAGAAUACCUGCAAAGAGAAGGGCCGCAAGGAGAGGGAGUCCCUGCAGCAAAUGGCCGAGGUCACCCGUGAGGGGUUCCGCCUGAAGAAGAUCCUGAUUGAGGACUGGAAGAAGGCCCGGGAGGAGAAGCAGAGAAAGCUCACCGAGCUACAGGCCGGAAAGAAGUCUCUGGAAGACCAGGUGGAGGCGCUGCGGGCUUUGAAGGAAGAGGCUGAGAAGCCGGAGCAGGAGGCCAAGGAGCAGCACCGCAGGCUGUGGGAGGGUAGGCGGGCAGUCGGAGGUGGCCGGCCCGGGAGGUUCCACUCCACUCUGCCGCCAGUCUUCGGUGGGAUUUUUCCGGGGCGUCUCGUCUUCCGUGUUCCUCUUUGGACUCAGAACCUUUAUACUGAGCUCCGUCUCUACGGCAUCCCCAGCGCCAUCGUCAUCGGGCCAGAUGCGCUAAGGGAGCUGGACGACGACAUGGACGGGGUGGUCUCGGUGGCCGAGCUGCAGACCCACCCAGAGCUGGACACAGAUGGCGACGGGACGCUGUCUGAGGGGGAGGCCCAGGCCCUGCUCAGUGGGGACACACAGACACACGCCAGCUCCUUCUACGACCGCGUCUGGGCUGGCAUCAGGGACAAAUACCAGUCCGAGGCCCUGCCUGCAUCCCCUGCCCCGGAGGUGACGGAGCCCAAGGAGGAGCAGUCGCCGGUGCCGACCCAUCCCUUGGAGGACGAGGAAGAGGAGGAGGAGGAGGCUGAGGAAGAAGAGGAGGAGGAAGAGCAGGACUCCGAGGUGCCGGGGGAGCAGCCCAAGGAGGCCCCGUCCCCGCUUGAGCCCCCGCAGCCGGCCAGUCCGAGCGAGGAGGACAAGAUGCUGCCCUACGAUGAGCAGACACAGGCCUUCAUUGACGCUGCCCAGGAGGCCCGCAGCAAAUUCCAGGAGGCCGAGCGGUCCUUGAAGGACAUGGAGGAGACCAUCAGGAACCUGGAGCAGGAGAUUUCGUUCGACUUCGGCCCCCAAGGGGAGUUCGCCUACCUGUACAGCCAGUGCUAUGAGCUCACCACCAACGAAUACAUCUACCGGCUGUGCCCCUUCAAACUGGUCUCCCAGAAGCCCAAGCUGGGCGGCUCCCCCACCAACCUCGGCACGUGGGGCUCAUGGGCCGGGCCUGAGCACAACAGAUUCAGCGCCAUGAAGUACGAGCAGGGCACCGGCUGCUGGCAGGGCCCCAACCGAUCCACGACUGUGCGCCUGCUGUGCGGGAAGGAGACCGUGGUCACCAGCACCACUGAGCCCAGCCGCUGCGAGUACCUCAUGGAGCUGUCCACGCCGGCCGCCUGCCCAGAGCCACCCCCCGAACUGCCCGUGGACAGCGACCACGAUGAGCUGUAGGGUCGUAGCCCCGCCAAGGUGGGCUGGCUGUCCCGGUGGCCACCUCUUCCUCGCCGGGUGUUUGGAGACAGGGUCUUGCUGCGUAGUCCAGGCUGGCCUCGAACCCUCAGCCGAGCUGCGGGGCGUCACACCACACCGCUCCCCUCUUCCUCACACUCCCUUCCUCCCACCUAGACUCGCGAGGCGGGGCGGCGGCCCCCACAGUGCUGCCCUCUGGACGAGGCCUGGACUCCUAGGUCCCUCCCGCUCCUCUGCCGAGGGACCCUUGGGGGCCUCCGAGCCCCGCUCCCUGGGCCCUGGCUGGGCUGAGCCAUGUUCCAGGCCCCGCUGGCCUCCAAAGAUGGGAUGAAGGAGCCCCCAUCCCUGGCGGGUCACCCCUGUUCCCCAUGCUGCCCCUCCUUCCCCGGCGGGUGGGGGCCGUGAGCGGCUGACCUAGAACAAUAAAUGUGACUACCCCAGACUCGGCCGUGUCUGCCCUGUUUUAUGGGACGCAGAACCAAGAGGGGCAGAGGCGAAUGCGGGGGUCCUGACCCCCCAUGGGGCCGGCAGCGUGUCAGGCACGCACCCCGUUUCCUCUGCUGGCGGGCAGGUGAGACCCAGACCCAAGCCUGGCAUGGCCGCGCACGCCUGUGACUCCAACACGGAGGAGGCUGAGGCAGGAGGGUCAGGAGUUCCAGACCACCCUGGGCUAGACGGUGAGACCCUGUCUCACAGACCCAGGGCCAGCAGCCUCAGCUCACCCCACAGGACCCGACCCCAGCCCUCCUGCACCCAGCACAGAUCAUGCAAGACCUUAAGAUUCUGAACUUUUAUUUUCUGGCAUGAAAAGUACAAAUAAUUAAACAAUUCCAUGUAAAAGUCUGUUACCGCGGCC